AUGGGAAGGAAAUUUCUGAUUGUGCUGGAUGAUGUAUGGAGUGAUAAUUACGAAGAUUGGUAUGCCUUUCUGAUUGUUUUCAAAUCGGGGGCAUAUGGGAGUAGGGUUAUUGUAACAACACGUCACAAAAGUGUUGCAUUAACUGUACACACAGAAACAAUUCAACCUUAUCAUUUAAUGCAAUUGACAGAUGAAGAUUGCUGGUUGUUAUUUGCAAAACAUGCAUUUGGCAACAUAGAUUCUCAAGAAUAUCCAGAGUUGGAACAAAUUGGUAAGAAAGUGGUGAAAAAGUGUAAUGGCUUGCCUUUAGCAGCAAAAACUCUUGGCGGUCUCUUGCGGGUGAAGUUGGAUCCUAAGCAAUGGGUUAAAAUAUUGGAGAGCAAUAUAUGGAAUUUCUCAGACAGUGAAAGCAUUAUUCUCCCAGCUCUUAGAAUGAGUUACCAUUAUCUACCUUCUUAUCUAAAACCGUGCUUUGCUGAUUUCUCAAUCUUCCCUAAAAACUUCAAAUUUAAAAAGAAGCAGUUGUUGCUCCUAUGGAUGGCGGAAGAUUUUUUGCUGUCCACUAAAACAGAGAAUUUGGAAGAAGUAGGUAGUGAGUAUUUCGAUGAGCUAGUAUCUAGGUCAUUCCUCCAACAAUUAGGUGGUAGAAAUAUACGCUAUGUUAUGCAUGACCUGUUGCAUGAUUUAGCAAAAUUUUAUUUUUAUGGGACUGCUGCUUUUGGGAUAAAGCCUUUUGGAUCGCUAGAAACUUUGCGCUUCAAGAACAUGUUGCAAUUGAAGGAAUGGCUUCCUUUCACAGAUGUGAACGGAGGUAAGGUAGCUUUCCCUUGUCUCCAACGGCUUUUUAUACAAAACUGUCCUCAACUGACCAAGGGUCUUCCCGAUGGCCUUUUUUCUUUAAAAGUACUGGUGAUUGAUAAGUGUCAGCAGCUUGUGGCUUCAGUUCCAAGUGCUCCAGCCAUACGUGAAUUGAAGUUGAAAUAUUGUCAUAAGGUGUUGUUGAAUGAAUUACCACCUCUGGUGUUGAAGCUUAGAAUUAGUGGUUAUGAUGCCUUGGAGUCCUUCCAUAUGGACAACAACCAUUGUCUUCAAGAGUUGGAUAUCUCUGAUUGCCCAUCUCUCAUGUUGCUCCCUAGUAGUGGUAUAUCUGAUACACUAAAAUCACUCAGUGUCAAGAACUGUGGGAAAUUAAUGUUUCCAAUGCACCAAUGCUAUGCAUCCCUUGAGAGUUUGCACAUAAGAUGUAGCUGUGAUUCUCUUGUGUCCUUUCAAUUAGACUUAUUUCCAAAGCUCAAUCAACUUGAUAUCCAUGGAUGUCUGAAUCUUCAGUCCCUUUCUGUUCCAAAUCAUGGACCACUUCAGCAUAUUGCAUCUCUCAGAAGCUUGGAAAUUAGUAACUGUUCUAAUUUUGUAUCCUUUCCCGAAGAGGGACUGCCUGCCCCCAGCUUGAACUGGUUUCGUGUUGAUAGCUGUUACAAUUUGAAGGCACUGCCUGAACAGAUGCACACCCUGCUCCCAUCUCUUGUUACUUUAAGCUUACAGAAUUGUCCAGAACUUGAGUCGUUUCCAGAAGGGGGUUUGCCAUCCAGUUUAAAAUCACUUGAAAUCUGUUCUUGUGACAAACUAAUUCCCGGCCGCGUGGAGUGGGGUUUACAGGGACUAUCCUCUCUUAGAAGUCUGUAUCAAGGGUAA